GCGUCAAAAUGCGUCAAAAGGCGUCAAAAGGCGUCAAAAGGCUCAAAAGGCUCAAAAGGCUCAAAAGGCGUCAAAAGGCGUCAAAAGGAGUCAACUAUUGUGUCCUGCACUGUUGUUUUGACGACUAGAGUCUACGACUACUGUAGAGUACUACGACUAAUUCCAGUAAUAUAAUACUGUGGUACUAUAAUAGACAUGGGCCAUGGGCUGAUUCUCCAUCGCGCCCAGGUUUCUUCAGUGUCCCAUGUGUGUGCACGUGAAUGCGCACGAACGGCUCCUCCCUCUCAUCGAUGAUGACCAUCACAGAUACAAAAUGAAAACGUGAAUAGCGUCCAUAUGUCCCAGAAGGGGGUCCCAUUGGUAAGCUACCUUGCAUACAGACCCGGUACUGUAUGUGUAUGUAUAUAUGUAUGUACGCACGCAGAGCCAGCGGCACGGAGAAUUUAGAGCUGUUGCAUUCAAUUGGGACGAUUCUCGCAUCGGCCCCGAAGAGAUGCUGAUGCAGACGCACCGUACUCUCGUUGCAACAAAUUCAAUAUUCUUCCGUGCCGCAUAUGUGCCCCACUACUAACUACUGAUCGGAGACAUUGAUUGAUCCACAUCUCACCAAACUGUCUCCUCCGCACUUAACCCUGGCGUCUCACCGUCCAGAUCGGUAUGCUGAGGGUAUGGGGCAUAAGUCAUAAAAUAGUCGCGCGGCAACAGUGCAGAAUCCAAAUGCACGAUUUGUACAGCGCCUUUCUGUCUCAGACCGUUCCUGUCCUCUCAUCCUACCACGCCGAAAUGGUAAAAUCCACAUAAACUGGCCUUAUUAGUGCUUUCUUCGUCCCUCACGGGGUUGUUACAUUUGCCACCCAGAACCAGCCGAGGCCUUGCCCCUUUAUCCAGUAUAUACAUAGUUGGAAGUGACCAGUGAGGCUGUCGUGCUCAUGGCCACAGAUCCUUUAAAUGGCUUGGACGCCAAGUCCAUGCCAAAGAUUGAACUACACGCCCAUCUAAGUGGCAGUAUCAGCCCAACUUGCCUUCACGAAAUAUGGCUAUCCAAAAAGCAACGUGAUGCAGACGGAGCCUCAGGCCUCUCUGACCCUCUCCAGGUGCUACACCCGAGCAAAGCAAUUGGCUUGGUAACCUUCUUUCCUCUGUUCUCGAAGUAUAUCUACGAGCUAUGCAACGAUGCCGAGAGCAUAUCAUAUUCCACCAAAUCUGUCCUUCAAGACUUUCAGGAUGAUGGUGUGAUCUACCUUGAGCUGCGAACGACGCCACGUCUCAUCAAGCAAGCGGGAAUUACCAAAGAAGCUUAUGUUCAACUCGUACUGUCAACCAUUUCAAGCUUCGAAUCGCCUACGAUGGUUACCAAACUAAUAUUAUCCAUUGACCGCCGGAACUCCGAAGAAGAAGCAUUUGAGGUCGUUGACCUAGCCCUCCGGUAUAGAGACCAAGGAGUCGUCGGCGUUGAUCUCUGCGGGGAUCCCGCAAAGGGCAAUGUCGACACAUUCAGGUCUGCUUUUGCGAAGGCCAAAGAAGAGGGCCUUAAGACCACUAUCCACUUCGCAGAAGCUCCCCAAUCUUCCAAUGAACAUGAGUUACUCACUUUGCUUUCCUUCGGACCGGAUCGCAUCGGGCAUGUUAUCCACGUUCCAGAUGCUAUCAAAGAGGUCGUCAUUAAACGGAAACUGGGCCUAGAGCUCUGCUUGAGCUGCAAUGUCAAGUUUGGGAUGACAUCGGGGAGCUUCGCGGAUCACCAUUUUCUGUAUUGGAAAGGCACAGGGUGCCCAAUAACACUUUGCACUGAUGAUGUUGGAGUUGUUGGCAGUGCUUUGUCGAAUGAAUAUGCUCUGAUUGCUGAGCACUUUGGUUUGCAGCCCAAGGAGGUCUAUGAGUUUGCUCGGAGUGGGAUCGAGACGAUAUUUGGUGGUGAUGAUGAAAAGGAGAGGCUGCGAAAACUGAUGUGGCAUUAAUGCUCAGUCGCUUCCAGGCAUGUGGUUUAUUCCCAGCGAAUGUCAGUACCUUAGUUCUUAUUUUCUUAGAAUAUGUGCGCGUCCUGGCUCAAAAAGUGAGGGGUAGUGAGACCAGGCAGAAUGUACCAGUCACGACUUUCACGGAAUAACAACUUAUCAUAGGCAAUAUUGAAGAG